CCCACCACUUCGUCCAUCAUGAGCUCCCUCCGCAUCGCCCGAGCCGCCCUCCGCGCGAGGCCCGCUGCCAUUGCCCGCCCCAUCCAGCGCAGAGGGUACGCCGAAGUCGCCAACGACAAGAUCAAGCUCUCCCUAGCUCUCCCGCAUCAGUCCAUCUACAAGUCCCAGGAUGUUGUCCAGGUCAACCUCCCUGCGGAAACCGGUGACAUGGGUGUUCUGGCAAACCACGUUGCCUCCAUUGAGCAGCUGAAGCCCGGCCUAGUCGAGAUCAUCGAGGAGCAGGGUGGUAGCAAGCAGUUCUUCCUGUCUGGUGGAUUCGCUACCGUGCAGCCAAACUCUGUCCUCAGCAUCAACGCCGUCGAGGGCUACCCAUUGGAGGACUUCAGCGCCGAGGCUGUCAGGAACCAGAUCGCCGAGGCACAGAAGAUUGCCAGCGGAAGCGGCAGCGAGGCCGACAUUGCUGAGGCCAAGAUCGAGCUUGAGGUCCUUGAGAGCCUCCAGGCUGCGUUGAAGUAAAUGUGUCAGUAACGUUCCUUGAGCACGGUAUGCGUGGUAUGUAUAGUAGCAAUUGCAGAGCAUGCGUGCUUUCCGCGCCCAAAGAAUAGAAGGAGCUCCAUGAGGUGACCAAAACACCGCGAACCUCUUCCAGUCCCGUUCUCUCUAACCGUCUUCCACUACAACCUGGACUGAGUGCACUUGGAUCCACCAGCAACCCUACGAGCUACAAAUUACCUUCAUUGCUAUCGUCUCAUCUGUUUGUCUUACUUCUUUGCACUCUAUCUUUGCCCUAUCUCUAAAAGCGUGUCUUACCUUACCACAGUAAUUCCAGUUCUCUUUACAU